CAGAGGAGGCUGCGCUUUCGUGAAUAUUAUCCCCUAUUUUCAUCAAUAAAUAGCCCUUGAGUUGGAUUUUGAAAGCGUUUCCAUGAUUGUUGAACGUUUGUAGAAAAGAUAUAUGAAGAGUUGGUGAUGUUUCAUAAGAUAGGUCAUGAAAUACUGGCACAGUACUAAAACGAAUCUUUACCGAAAGCUCCCUCUAUCUAUUUAUAUGGUAGUACUGUAGGCGGCGUGGUCGAGGUAAGGAGAUCUGAUAAAUAUUGAACCCUUUGCCAAAUCGUGCCCUCAUAAAAACACCCCGAGCUAGGCACCCAGAGCCCCCGUGUAACCUUGACAGCACAGCCGGCGGUGGUGGUGGCUCUUGAUUUCUCGGCGGGGCAGGGACUCGCCAGGCAGAAACUAUAAGACACAUCAUGUCUGACGAGGAGGAGGAGGUGGUGGACAACACGGUGACCUCCGAGGUGCACCACUUCUCCAAGGAGGAGGUGCUGGACGCCGCGCGGGGAGGAAAAGACAGCCACUUGACCAACACAUCAGACGUAGGGACGCCAGUUGCCCUUGGCUCUGAGAGGCUUCAAGAGCAGGAAGAUGAAGAGUAUGAAUGUUUAUUGGGAGCUAAUGGGCAAGUUGUUCUAUGGAGUCCAAAGAGAGACACGGUGCUCUCAAGAUUUGACUUUGUGUAUCCUCCUUCCCUGCAAACCAGAGGCCAACAGCUCAGCAAAACCCCACAGGUGGACUCAGAUGGUGAUCUUGUGGUUACCAGGAAAAAUGACCUGCACCUCCAGGAGGGUGUAGUCCUCAUUGAGCACCAAAGUGCCACAACACUAGAGCUAGUGGGAGAGCAGGUUUGGAGGGGAGCUCUCUUCCUAGCAGACUUCAUAUUGCAUCACCAUGAUAUAUUUAGAGGUGCCCAUGUCCUGGAGGUUGCCUCAGGAGUCGGUCUCACAUCAGUUGUGGCAGCCAUGCUUGCUACAAAGGUUACUGUUACAGAUGUUGACAAAGGUGAAAUAUUGCCACUCAUUCGUCGUAACUUGAAAAGAAAUGAGGAGUUACUCAAGGCAAAAGUUGAUGUGAGAGAAAUUGAUUUUCUCAACCACGCAACUAUAGAUGACCUGCAAGCUGACUGUAGCGAUGUGUCCAUUAUCUUGGCUGCAGAUGUGGUGUACAGCAAUCCCCUGACUGAUGAAUUCUUCAGAACUGUGCUGCGCCUCAUGACUGAUCCACCAGACAAGAUGAUGUAUAUUGCACUAGAAAAAAGGUAUGUGUUCACUAUGGAGGACAUGGACACAUGUGCUCCCUGUUACGACUACUUCCUGGAGGGUCUGGAGUGGCUGCGUUGUCAGAAUCUUGAUCUCAUUGACUGGACCAUUGAGGAGUUGUCAACAGACUUUCAGCAAUACUUUACUUAUGAACGUGUGCGACAUUUAGUGCUUUGGAAGAUUAAUUCAAAGCGUAAAAUAAUUUAAAAAUAUGGAAAACUGACAAAACUACAGUUUCAUAUUUUCAUUUCAUAUUGUACAGUAAUAGAAAUAUUUCAUGAAUAUUUCAUGAAUUAUAUUUGAGUAUUUAAAAAAAAAGUUUGUAAAUUGUGAUAUUUGUACAUUAUUUACUAUUUAUAUAUAGGGAACUAAUUUGAUUGGCAUAUUUCAUUAGCCAAAUUUGAUUUCCAAAAAGUCAUUAGAAUAGUGGAAAGCAAAUAAGAUAUGGUCAUUAGGAUUACUUUUAUUCAUAUUCCACUGAUUGUCUCAAGAAGCCACAGAAAUGUUUCUUCGAUCUUGUGGGUCUUCCUUGUAGUGGAAUAGGUCAGUAGAGUGGACAACCACUAGGGAAAGAGUUGGGAUGGCAGGGCAAGGAAAACACGAGAUGCUUCUGCCAUGGCCACCUUAUAAUGGGAAGCUCCUGAGAGGGGAAAGCAUAUUGGAGAAAUAGAUAGACAAAGUGUGUUGCACAGAAAUAGUUACGGGAGUCUCCCUCAAACAUCUAUUUUUUUUGUUUGAGAGAGUGUCUCCCUCAACUGUUUUUGCACACCAUACAUUCUUUAUCUAUCUAUAUGUCUUAUACCUUUUCCCCUCUGAGGAAUUUACCCUUUAGAAGAUGGCCGUGGCAGAAGCAUCUCCAAUUUUCCCUGGUCCAGAACCCCCUCUCAGGACUCAUUCACUCUGUUGGUCAAUUUCACUGGUGGUCUCCCUGUGAUGCCCUCUCCCUUUAUCCUACCCUCAUACCCCCUCUUCACAAAGUCAUCCUCAGUCAUUCUCAUCACGUGUACAAACCAUUUAAGAGUACAUACCACUUUUUACACGUUUCAACCACUUCCCAAUUCACUCCCUUUGCUGUUACACCCAAACCAAUAUUCUCAUACACAUCUGUAUUACUUUCUCCAUCCCAUCUUGAUACCACACACAUCUUUUAUGCAGCUCAUUUCCAUCUCAGAUAUUUGUGGUUGAUGUGUUUCAUUCCACAUCCAUAUCUGGUGCAUAUGACAGACCUGAUAGGAUAAUCAACCACUGAAUGGGGGAAUACGCCAGAGGUCAUGUCUUGCUCACCCUACACCAUCCCUGGGGUCUCCAUGCAGGGAACUUUACUAUACCAAGUAGGCUACCUCCCAGCUCUGUAGGUGCCCCCUUGGCCUCCUUCACUCAGGUUUGUCAUUUUAUUGAAACAACCCAGUGUGAGUCGACUUCUGGAUAGUGAGCCACAUAUCCCUGUAGCUAGAGUUGGUAUUCACUUACUAUGCAGGUAAUAGGACUCAAUUAAGUCUCUUGGAGUAGUUACUGAUUUUACACUGAUUUCCUCACAAAUUUAAAUAGCUCUUCUGUACACAUACUUUUUAACAUAACCACAUUAUUUUUUUAUUCCUCACCUCCCAUUUUAAGAAACAGGUGACUAAUAAUGACAAUAAUGUUUUCUUACCAAUAUCUAUUUAUACAAGGUUGAAUAAAAGUCACAAUGUGCCA